AUGACGGAUAAUAUGGUAGGAGCGCUCGUUGGUUCGACAGUAGCCAUGAUAUGUAUCACUACACUGGUUGUCUCGAUACGAAUGGCUGUUAGAACAAGUCUGAGAACUUACGGCCUCGAUGACGUUCUCAUUACCGCUAGCUGGGUACGCCAGACCCAUUCGACCAGACCUACUCUGCGCAGAGGAAAGUUGAUAAGUGUUGUUCUUCAGGUUUUCACGAUGGGCAUGUUCACUGCGACCAUGAUCUCAGGAGCAGCGGCUCAUUCAGGACUUGGCAGGCAUCACCACGAUGUCAGUGUUUCAGAAUACGAGCAGUUCCUCAAAUUGACUAUCGCGACUUCGGCAACGUACAGCUACGGUCUGGCUCUCGCCAAAAUGUCCUUCGCUGUUCUCUACAUACGAAUGCUACCAGAUCGAAGACUCGUGGUGAUGAACAGGGCCAUAAUCCUCUUUCUUUGCGGUCAGGCCAUCGAAGAGAGCCUCAUCCCAAUAUUCCAAUGUAAACCGAUUGCGAAAGCCUGGACCGUGGGUAUGGAAGGGACUUGCCUUGACCUCCCGGUUCUAUGGUGGAGCGGCUUUGGAUUCAAUCUCUGCACCGACUUGAUCUUAUUCAUACAGCCAGUUCCUACUUUAUGGAAGUUGCAACUGCCGCUGGUCAAAAGACUUGGCCUCAUCGCCAUGUUGUCAUUGGGUUUAUUGGUUGUCGCUAUUUCUGUGAUUCGCAUGCACUCCGUCACCGAGAUGGGAAUUGACGACACACGUGAGCAAUCUACCUCUUCAAGACUAAUCGUCAAAGCUGAUACACAUUGUCAAAGAUGA